CAUUCUUGUAGCAUCUUCCCGGAGGGAUCCGACACUCUCCAUCCCCGGGGGGCACCACCCCACCCCCAUACUUACCUGGCUACCUGUCCCCACUCACCUGUUACACAUGCACGGCUCUGCCCCUGACUUGCCCCCUCUAUAGAUCGCACAUUCCUCCAUCUUAUGGGGUAGCAUCGCAUCCCUUCUGAUCUCCAUCCUUCAUUCCUCCAUCUCACUAAUACCCCGACUUGUCUAUAGGGGGGGAUGCAUGGGGCAGAUGUGACAGCCAUGGCGCACAGUCGGUGUCCCCUCCUGUGAUUCCUGCUCAGGGGUCCAUCACACCAGGGGCCAAUCCAGCACCCUUCCCCCUCCUCUCCCAGACACAGCUCUGAUCACAGGGCACAGGGGUACAAAACCCAUCCUGCCCCACUGAGGCUAUGACCGGAAAGCUGCUGGAUAAACUCACGGUGAAUAUGACAUCGCUUCUACCGGACAGUCUGUACGCCGAGGAGGGGCAGGACCUGCCAGGAGCCCUGUCCAUCUACCCCGGAGGGGGCAACGAGCAGCACUACUCCGCCAUGUCUGCAGAUAACGUUAUGGAUUUAGGCCUGUCUAAUGACAAAACCUCCCAGGAUCUCUCAUAUACAGGUACAUUCCAGCCAGGUAAUAAGACUGUCACCUACCUGGGCAAAUUCUCUUUUGACUCUCCCUCCAACUGGUGCCAAGAAAAUAUAAUAAGCUUGAUGAGCGCUGGCAUCCUUGGUGUGCCAACAUCCCAAGCCACCGGUGCAGGUGGGGGAGGAAGUAGUGGAGGGAAUGGAGGCAUCAUGGGUCAAACGCAAAGCGAUGUGGAGUCAAUGUUCCACAGUCUUCCACCUUACUCUAGUUGUGGGGACCUAUAUCAUGAUCAGGUGGGCUUUCAAGGAGGCGGUAUGACCCCCUACUCCUCCCAAGAGUACUCUUCUACCAAACAGAGCUUAGACUCUACUGUUUUUCCCAUGAUACCAGACUACAACUUAUUUCACCACAACACUGAGAUACCCACAGUAGAUCAAAAGCCUUUCCAAAACAUGGAGGCCAUGCGGGUUAAUCCACCACCUAUCACUCCACUGGAAACCAUCAAAGCAUUCAAAGAGAAGCAAGUCUUGCCAAACUUUGGGGGCAUGAGCCAUCAACCCCCACUUACUCUUAAACCAAUCCGCCCAAGGAAAUACCCUAACCGUCCUAGCAAGACCCCACUCCAUGAGAGGCCACACGCUUGUCCAGCUGAGGGCUGUGAUAGACGCUUUUCACGCUCCGAUGAGCUGACUCGUCACCUGCGCAUUCACACUGGACACAAGCCCUUUCAAUGUCGUAUAUGCAUGCGGAGCUUUAGCCGGUCUGACCACUUAACUACCCACAUCCGUACUCACACAGGAGAGAAGCCCUUCGCUUGUGACUUCUGUGGACGCAAGUUUGCACGCAGCGAUGAGAGAAAACGGCACGCCAAGAUACACCUUAAACAGAAGGACAAGAAAGGGGUUGAAAAAGCAGGCUGCUCACCGUCAGUUUCUGGGGCACCAGCUGUUACCACAUGUGCCUGAGUUUUUAUCUGGAUGGACUUUAUUCAAGGGGCUGGAGGAGAAUGCUAUAUGUAUUGUACCUACAAUCUUUUGAAAUGUUGCUCUGCAGAUUAUUACUCUUUGUUCUAAUUAUUAUUCAACUAAUGGAGACCUGCAAUGUAUGUCUCCCCUAACAUGUUUACUUCCCAUGAUCUGCAGUGCUCAACGUAACUUCCUAGCUAAGUUUCACACACAGCGCUACUGCUCCUUCUUCAGGUUCCAUUUUGAAGCAUUACUAAUUCAUUACACUCCUGCUGAAAACCUUCAGCUACCCUUAACAUUCUAGGUAUUCCAUUCUUGAAAACCUUUCUCUAAAGCUGGCCACAUAUGUUAUGAUCCAAAUGCUCAAUAAAUUAAAUAUCAAAGAAGAAAGUGCAGUUUUAUGUGUGAAAAACACAAACAUUUUAUUUAACUUAAUUAAAUUCAAUGACAUAUGUAGGGACAAUGGAAGAUCACAUUUAGGAAAAAACAUGUGUGGCCAGCUUUGCAGCAUAGUUUUACCUGCAGAUCAUGGUCCAGAUCCACAAAGAAAUUACGCCGGCGUAUCUAUUGAUACGCCGCGUAAUUUCUAAGAUGCCCCGUCGUAUCU